AGAUAACCUAGUACCUAUCUAUGAACAUAAGAUAUUGGUAGAAGUGGUACCUCAGUAGAAAGUAUUGUUAGUAUAACAGAAUGCUUGUAAAUGAUGGAAGGAUAAUGUAUGUGUGUUCUCAUUGUUUGGUAUUGUGCAAUUGUAGUGUCGCAUAUUCGCAUCACUCCACAUCACACGUACUGAGAUAAUGGCCAGUCAAAGGAAGUUCCGUUCCAUUGUGCCGUACAGUUUUGAACCCGUUUACAAGGAAGGAGAGUGUCCACCGAAGCGUUCACGAAGAAGUAGCAGCAGUAGUGAGGAUGAAGAAUCCUCGGCCACAAUUACUGGAGAGACUAGAUGGUGCUCUUGCCAACAGUGCAUACAAAUGAGUUCAAGCUUGGAAUGCUACUGCUGUGCUUCAUCACCACGUGCCUGUGUCAAAAUGAAUGAACUUGAUCCGGCACCCAGGUGCAUUACCGAACAUUCGCUCUUUGGCAGCACUUGCUUGACAACACACUUUCUGCACUUACUAAUGCGGGCAAUGUACAUCUUCAGAGGGAAUUUUCGACAAACGAACUGGACAAACAGUACUUAUAGGUUUGUUGCGUAUCGUGCAUAUGUGUUGUGGAUGUAUGAAAAUCGAAAGCUUGGAUAUGGACAUCGUGUAGUCAUACCCUCGUGUGUGGUGAACAAAAUCCGGCAGAGAUUUCCUUCGGAUGAAGCAGACUAUACUGGCUUUAAACCAUUUGAGGGUUUUUGGAUGUUUCCCGAGUAAAUCUUAAAACA